AUGGCAGGAACUAAACGAUCCUGGGAAGGCAAGCUGGUCAGCGACGAGAGCACACAUACCAAGAUGGCCGCCGCACAUCUUGAGGAGUCCUCUUCGCUCAUCCUCACGAUGUUCGAGACGUUCCGCGACGAGCUGGACGAGCACCACGAUCGCCGCGAGCGAGUCAUCAAGACCAGCAGAGACAUCACAGCGCUAAGCAAGAAGAUGUGUGUUAUCCUCAGCGCUUCCGAUGUGUUCUUAGAGAUCUCAAUGCACCGAUACUGUGUCCGCACCAUCAACGCCCCCAUCCCCACCCCGAUCGCCAAAGAAACCCAAACCCGCUUCGACCAAAUCACCACCCUCUUCCGCUCCGUCAUCCCCGACGUCACCGGCCUCAACAGCUGGCGCUAUCAGCGGCAACUCAGCGGCGCCAUCCAGGAAUUCAUCGAAGCGCUUUCCUUCCACCACUACCUGCAGACGCAGUCCCUCAUCUCCCUCCCCGAAGUCGCGGCGCAGCUGCCCGCCGAAAUCCUCGUCACGCACGAAGACUACGUGCUGGGCCUGUUCGACCUGACGGGCGAGAUGAUGCGGUUUGCGGUCACGGCGCUGUCGACGGGCGGGCAGGCGAAGCCGGCCCGGAAGGAACAGGAAGGUGGCGGUGAUGUAGUCAUAAAUGAGGGGGGAGGGGAGGGGGAGGCGGGCGGCCCGGCGGAUCUGCCGAGGCUGCCGCCCUCGCAGGCGGGCAUUGUCGUUGAUCUGCGGGACAUGCGGUCGUCGUUUGAGUUGAUUAGUGUGCCGCGGCGGCAUGGGAACCAUAUGUAUCGGGAUAUGGGGAAAAAGGUCGAUGUGAUGCGGAAUAGUGUGGAGAAGGUUGAGAGGGCUGCGUAUGGGAUUCUGGUGCGCGGCAGUGAGCGGCCGUCGGGCUGGACGCCGGAUCUGUCGGGGAAUGUUGAUAUGGAGGUUUAUUGA